UCUGCGAGACUGCAGCGGCCGGUGUGUGAUGCGAACUGAGCCGUGGGUGGUGUAGACCCCCUCCCCGCACCCCACACCCCCAUCGCCUUAUCCGCGAACUCUCCUUCCAACCGGGACGCACAGCCUUGUUUCACUCCACCGGGGGAACAUGUCCCGGGCAGCGGCUAUCGCCAGCUCCCUGAUCCGCCAGAAGCGGCAGGCGAGGGAGCGGGAGAAGGCGAACGCUUGCCGCGGCAGCGGCAGCCCGAGCAACAGCAAAGGCACAAACGAGAAGCCGAGCAAGCUGAAUGUGUUCUCGCGUGUCAAAUUGUUUGGAUCGAGGAAGAAACGGAAGAGAAGGCGACCACCAGAGCCCCAGUUGCAGGGCAUUGUGACCAGACUUUCCAGUCGCCAGGGCUUCCAGCUGCAGAUGCAGCCUGAUGGCACCAUUGAUGGAACCAAGGAUGAGGACAGCACCUAUGCUGUGUUCAACCUGAUCCCGGUGGGGCUUCGUGUGGUGGCCAUCCAGGGCGUGCAGACCAAACUCUACUUGGCAAUGAACAAUGAAGGCUUUCUCUACACCUCUGAACAUUUUACCCCAGAGUGUAAGUUCAAGGAGUCAGUGUUUGAGAACUACUACGUCACCUACUCCUCCAUGCUGUACCGGCAGCAGGCAUCGGGCCGGGCCUGGUACCUGGGACUCAACAAGGAGGGUGGAAUCAUGAAGGGGAACCACGUCAAGAAGAACAAGGCCGCUGCACACUUCAUACCGAAACCGCUCAAAGUGGCCAUGUACAGGGAGCCCUCCCUCCAUGACCUGACAGAACUCUCACGGUCAGGUAGCGGCACGCCGACCAAGAGUCGCAGCGCUUCAGCCCUACUUAACGGCGGAGGGAAGACGCCAAGCAACAAUGACUUAUCCUAGCCCCACCACCCCUCACACACACACACACACACACACACACA